CUAUCCAUCACUUCCGGGUCUAGUCGGACAGGGUUGUGAAAAACAACAACUGAUUGUCACGAUAUUUAGCUAGCCAAUCUACAAAUGACAGAUAAAUAUAACAUUAUACAGAGUACACUAUCCAUGUCAGGUCCAAAGAAGGAUUUUCGCAGUAUUGUGCAGCUUUUUUUGAUAGACAGGAAUAUUUUAUCUUGUCUGCAACCCCAUCGUGAAUUGUCUGCUGAGUGACUUGACCAGGUGGUGUUGGCAUCUUUGCGUGCCGUCUCAUUCCAAGUCCCAGGGGAACCUUAAUACAGUAGAGGAUGAACGGCCUGUCCAUUAGAGAGCUCUGCUGCCUGUUCUGCUGCCCUCCUUGCCCCAGCCGCAUCGCAGCCAAGCUGGCCUUCCUCCCUCCAGAGCCCACCUACUCCAUGCUUCCUGACCCAGAGGCUACAGCUGCGGCAGCAGCCGGGACCACGCCUGGGGGUGCUCCCCCCUCUCUGGGGGCUCCGGGCCUGCGCUCCCGGCUGGGUGGUGGUGCGGGAGACAGAGGUGGUGGUGGAGGGGGAGGAGGUGGAGGUGGAGAGGGCAGGUGGAAGCUCCAUCUGACAGAGAGGGCAGAGUUCCAGUACACCCAGAGAGAGCUGGACAUGACAGACGUGUUCCUGACCAGGUCCAGCCGGGGGAACAGGGUGGGCUGCAUGUACAUCCGAUGUGCUCCCAACGCCAGGUUCACAGUGCUAUUCUCCCAUGGUAAUGCAGUAGACCUGGGUCAGAUGAGUAGCUUCUACAUUGGCCUGGGAACGCGUAUCAACUGCAACAUCUUCUCCUACGACUACUCUGGCUACGGUGUCAGCACUGGCAAACCCUCAGAGAAGAACCUCUACGCUGACAUAGACGCUGCCUGGCACGCCCUGCGCUCACGGUAUGGCAUCAGCCCAGAGAACAUCAUCCUGUACGGGCAGAGUAUUGGCACGGUACCGACGGUGGACCUGGCAUCCAGGUUUGAGUGUGCUGCUGUGGUGCUCCACUCCCCUCUCACCUCUGGCAUGAGGGUUGCUUUCCCCGACACCAAGAAGACCUACUGCUUCGACGCCUUCCCCAACAUAGAGAAGGUGUCUAAGAUCCCGUCCCCGGUGCUGAUCAUCCACGGGACGGAGGACGAGGUGAUAGACUUCUCCCACGGCCUGGCUCUGUUUGAGCGCUGUCCCAAGGCCGUGGAGCCCCUGUGGGUGGAGGGGGCGGGGCACAACGACAUAGAGCUGUACAGCCAAUACCUGGAGAGACUACGACGCUUCAUCAACCAAGACCUGGCCGCAGCACACACCUGAGAGAGGAGGAGGUGAGGGGGUGUGUGUGUGUGUGUAAGGAGCUGUACAACAACAUCAAACUACAGCCUUAAGUCAGUAGAAAAGGAGCAUCCACUAUGCUGUGUGUGUGUGGCUGUGUGUGUGGUUGAGGUUGUGUGCGUUGACUCAUGGAAAUGUGAGAUGUUGAUAUGGACACCUGUCAGACACCUGGAAACGUGUUCCUAGAGACUUCCUGAGGCAGAGUGUUUGUACAAUACGAAUGGUCUUUUCUGUGUACAAAAAUGUAUGUACUACUCACAGAGUUGAAGAUGCUCUCUGUAUGGACCUGAGCUGAUAUCACUCCUCCCUGUGUCUGCAGUGGACAGCUGUCUGUCUGCUUUUAUCUCUGUCUUUCUCCCCGUCUCUCUAAUAAUCAACAUCUCUCUUUGGAUUUCGUUCAACUAUGUAGUCCUGUCCUAACUAAGGACUAGGGGAAGAAUAGAACUGGCCUUUGAGAGUCAUUGACACAUGACUAUAAGAAAGUCUGCUCUCCUGUGAGUGUGUGUCUUUGGCUGUAGAAGGCAGCCAUUUGAACUUCUUCUGAGCUGAAGGUUGUGAUAACUGAGUGAGGGUGGGGAAUGAACGAUGUACUGCAGUAUUACUCUGACUAGUUGUUUGACUGUUGCCCGUUCAUAUUAUCUAAUGUGUCUGAAGCCUGAGAUGAACAUGGAUAGUCUGAUCCCAGAUCUGUUUGUGGUCUGUUUGUGAUCUGUUUGUGGUCACAAACAGAUCUGGAAUCAGGCCCAUAAAAAAUUAGCUAGUUUGUUUUCUUCUGUAAGGAGACCUCUGUGUCUCUUGAUAGAUUCCUAAUGUGAAGGAAGUAUUGUGGAAAAAAGGUUUGAGAGGCCUUUGGAAAAUAAUGUAUUUUCAUUUAUAUACAGUCUUCUCUGUAGCUCUUGAGAAGACGGUUCAGUUGACUGUUCUGAGGAUAGAGAGAGUACGACUGAUGGUGGAUGGUGUCCAUGAGGUCAUCUCAACUGGCAUUUUCUGUUACAUUUGAUCGCACAAAUACACUAUAUAUACAAAAGUAUGUGGACACCCCUUGAAAUUAGUGGAUGCGGCUAUUUCAGCCACACCCGUU